AUGAGACACGUGGGCUUUGCUCAUCACACGCGGUUGAACCGCAUUGGUAGGUGUGCUUUUCCUUUGAUAUUCCAGCACAUACAUCACUUCCCCAUGGUGUUGAUGGCGCCGUCAGCCGCUUUGCGAUCCUAUGUCACUAGUGAAAUACCGCAACACGUAGCGGGUCUUGAGGAGAUGCUGCCGAAUUCGCUUCGUUGUCCAGAGUGUGGAAAACAUUUUAUGAGCGCCACAAACCUACUCUACCACCGUCGCACUCGUCACAUGAUCACCAUAAUCUCCUCCGCGCAGGAGCAGCUGGAUCGCUUAAGAGAAGAGAAUGCGAGACUGCGAGCAGAGCUUCAGCAGGCGCACAUGCAACAUCGGCAAACGACCCCCAAUCAGCAGCCCAUGAGUGGGACAACCGCUGGAGAACUUGACAAAACUCAACGCAUUUUCCCGGCCGCCGUUCCAGAAGGGAAGGCACUGGGAAUUAGUAUGGCGGAGGUUCACAAUCUUCGGGAGCAUCCUUUCAGGGUGGGAACGGGAUGUUCAGGGGUUCGCUGCGUUGGCGUCGUUUCGGACGACGUUGAAGUGGGUCACUUGGGAAGACAUGAGGGCGGGACUGAGAGCGGGUUGGAGGUUUUACAGUUUACCCUCAAGUUGGAGGGAUACCGCCAGCGGCGUACUGGCCGCUUAAUGAUGUACAAUAACCUUGUCACAGUGCGCCUGAUGUCACCACAGUACAGGGUUGAGAAGGGUGAUGUUGUGCUUGUUAUAGGGAACUAUGGUUUGCAUAGGUCGUUUGACCUGAUAUCUAAGCAAUCAAUGGAGAAUUGUGUCUUGGAGGCGGGGUACAUCGGGCUGUUGAAACGAGGCAGCCAGGCGGGUAAUUCGGAGUACACGCGGGAGGACGUUUAG